AUGCCCCCUCCUCCUUCCCUCCAGCCAAAGCGCUUACCAGAUCGUCCCGAGCGCGCCGCGGUCCAGGCGGGCACAGCGACGGUCAAGUUCACGUCCGGCCCGCGGGCUGCCCGAGGUCCCCGGGCGCGGCUGGGGCAGCGGGAGGCGCGGGAGGCCGAGGUCCCGGGUGGCCGCCGCGGCCGCUCCCGAGACGCUGCUGUCACCCCGGCCGCGCCCCCCAACUUUCUGCACAGUCGCGGAGCUGGAAGUUUCCGGGCUUCGCGGACGCUGGGCUGGGUUUCAGCCGCGGCUCUGAGGUUGGCAACAAAGAGGGAAAGAAGGAGGAAAAGCAGGCCGGGGAGGGGAGGAAGAGAACCGCGCGGAGGCCGAGGCGCCGAGAGCCCCAGAACUUCCAAUUCUACCCAGAAGCUUUUUUCGUUGUGUUUUUCUCUUAAGAGGCCUGGAGAACCACUCUCUGAAGCGGAUAUUUUCCCCUCAGACGACUUCUCAGACAUGAUCCUCUCUGAGGUUGGUCCCGGGCUUCCACAUGUGACUCAUGGAAGAGGCCUCACCCCAAGAGCCCCUGAGGGUACUGCCCACUCCCCUGGAAACUUCCAGAACCUGACGUGGGGCUGAGGACAUAGAGGUGAUGGGGGUGGGCUGGUGGGGCACUGGCGGGGACAAUGCGUGGAGCCCUUGUUUUCAGAGCUGCAGAUGCUUGUCAGCUGACGGUUUCUUUCCAGCAUUCAUAGCGGACCUCCUUUGGGGGAACGUUUACCUGCCAAUGAACCCAAGAUCCUUUCCCAGAGGCAGCAGGAUGAAGUUUUCCUUUUCUUUUUUUUUUUUUUUAAUUAAUAUAUUUUAUUUAAACCAAUAUAUCCAAAAUAUUAUCAAUUCAACAUAUGAUCAAGAUAAAGAUUAAUGAGAUACUUUACAUUUUCAUAGUAAAUCCUUUUUUAAAAUUUUUGUGAGUACAUAGUAGGUAUAAACAUUGAGGGAUGAAGGUUCUUACUGUGUUUCCCUAGUAACAAGCACUGGCAUCAGCUGUCAUGAUUUCUCCCCAAGGCCUAGGACGGUCAGCCUCGCACGCUCCAUGGCAGAGUGACGGAAGCUCUAUCGAGGUGUGGCACCAGCAUGUUGAUAUUUCCAGAGAAUCUGCAGCCUCCCUGGUUUUUCACGAAAGCUCCUAUGCAGGGCCUGGCCCUUUCCUGGGGAGGGAAGCCUGGCUGUGUCUCCCGCUGCAUCCUCACCCGGAACUCCAUUCCUGAGCUGCGACCGCUAUUUUUCAGAUUGGAAAAUGCCUUGGGAAUGGCUCAUCUUCCUGCAGCUUAAGCCCAUUUGUUUUCUGACUGGUGGUCACUGAUGAUUAGAGUGUGUCUCAAAGGGAACUGUCACCUUAGUUCUAUCAUACACCAUCAAUAACUUGUCCAGGGCUGACUUUGUGGGCCUUGUGGCCUACCCCGUGGUAGAGGGUCCGUGUGCAGAAGGGCCCUACACUCAAUGUUUGGCUGUCCCCGAUCUUAAAAUUCUCAGUCAUUCUUGAACAAGGGAACCCAUAUUUUCAUUUUGUUCUGGGCUCUGAGAGUUACAUAACCGAUCCUGACUUUGGCUGUUGGUCAACAGUGUCAUAAGGUAAAAAUCUAUGAGUUAUAUAUAUAUAUAUAUAUAUAUUUUUAAGACAGAGUCUCACUCUGUCACCAGGAUGGA